GUCAGCAGGUAGAAGAACAUGAAAAAAUCAAACAAGAAAUGGCCAUGGAGUAUAAAGAGGAAUUGAAGAAACUACAGGAAGAAUUAGGCAGACUGAAGAGAAGCUAUGAAAAGCUGCAGAAAAAACAAAUAAGGGAAUUCAGAGGAAAUACCAAAAAUCACAGGGAGGAUCGGUCUGAGAUUGAGAGGCUAACUGGAAAAAUAGAGGAAUUUCGUCAGAAGUCACUGGACUGGGAGAAGCAACGCUUGAUUUAUCAGCAACAGGUAUCUUCUCUGGAGGCACAAAGGAAGGCUCUGGCUGAACAAUCAGAGAUAAUUCAGCACAUCAAGAAAGUGACUGCUCUAGAUAGUGAGAUUGCUGAGAAGAAUAUGGUGAUAGCUCUAGUUUUCCUCUUUGAUGGCUUAUGGUUGCAGUUAAAUUUCUGCACUGAGGUAGAUAAUACGGAAUACGGCUGUCUUUUCAGGAGAUGGGCAGCAUCUAUUCUCCUGAGGAAUCCCUGCACUUUCUCAGUUCUUUCUUUCCCCUUGGCUCAGCUCGCCAAUCGAAAACAGAAAUUAGAGUCUGUGGAGCUGUCCAGCCAGUCAGAAAUUCAGCACCUGAGCAGUAAGCUUGAGCGGGCCAAGGACACCAUCUGUGCCAAUGAGUUGGAAAUAGAACGCCUUAACAUGAGGGUCAAUGACUUGGUUGGAACCAAUAUGACCAUUCUGCAGGAGCAGCGGCAAAAAGAAGAAAAAUUGAGGGAAUCUGAAAAAUUGUUAGAGGCUCUGCAGGAGGAAAAGAGGGAAUUGAAGGCAAAUCUUCAGUCUCAAGAAAAUGUCAUCCAUGAGGCAAAAAUGCAAAAGGAGAAGCUACAAGCAAAAUUAAAGGCAACGGACACUCAACUCACAGUAGAAACUAUAAGGCCACUGGAGGAUGCUCAUGCAGAAAGGAAGUACACCUCUCAAGGUGUCUUAGACAGUGUGCUCUCCCAGUUGGAUUUCACUCACACAAGUGAAGAACUUUUGCAGGCAGAGGUGAUUCGACUUGAAGGCAGUUUGGAAUCUGUGAGUGCAACAUGUAAACAGCUGAGCCAAGAACUAAUGGAAAAAUAUGAAGAACUGAAGAAGAUGGAAGGGCAUAAUAAUGAGUACAGGGCAGAGAUUAAGAAGUUGAAAGAACAGAUUUUACAGACUGAACAAACAUAUAGCUCUGCACUAGAAGGAAUGAAGAUGGAAAUCACCCAGCUAACGGAGUUACAUCAGCGUGAUAUCACUAUUGCUUCUGCCAAGUGUUCUUCCUCAGACAUGGAAAAGCAACUCAAAGCCGAGAUGCAAAAGGCAGAAGAAAAAGCAGUGGAGAAUAAGGAGAUUUUGAGUCAGUUGGAAUCACUCAAGUUAGAAAAUUGUCGUCUCUCUGAAGUGGUGAUGAAUUUGGAAUUGGGUUUACAUGAGUGCUCCGUGCCUGUGUCUCCCCUGGGUUCGAUAGCUACUAGAUUUUUGGAAGAGGAGGAGCUGAGGUCUCACCAUAUUCUAGAGCGCCUGGAUGCCCACAUUGAAGAACUAAAAAGAGAGAGUGAAAAGACAGUGAGACAAUUUACAGCUCUCAUUUAGCUGCUUACAAAAUCACAAACUUGGGAAAAGAAGUAAACACUGAAGAGUUACCCUCAUCUGAAGGAGCAACUCUUUAAAAACAUGAACAUAUAAAAUUAUAAAGAUGAUACUUACUAGAGCAGUGGUGACGAACCUGAAAGAUUGAUGCUUUUCUAUAUGUUGUCAGAACACUGAUUUGUUCGAAGGACUUCUUCCAGCAAUAACUCAUGGGAAUAAACCAUU